CUGUUCCAAGCCGGGCUCCCGCCCUACCUCGUCUACCUGUGGUUCCUCGGCGCACCGGAGACGCGCGCGCCGGAGGCGUCAAACUUCGGCGCGCGGUUCCUCCUCGCGUUCGUCUUGGCCACGAUCCCCGCGGGCGUCGUCGCGAAGACGACGUACGGCGACGUCCUCGCCAACGUGGACGUCUUGCACGGCGCGAGCGAGAGCUUGCUGACGUGCAGCAACUUUUUGUUCGCGUUCGGGUUCGCGACCGCCAUC